AUGAAUUCGGGUGAUGAUGGAUACACAGAACAGUAUGACCUUUAUGAUAUGUCAUUUGCCCAGGCACUUCUGGAUGCAAUGGAGAGAAAACUUGAUGAUAAUAACAACUCGGACUCGGAUUUGCUGAGCACAUACUUGGGUUCUGCACUGAAACUCUGCACAGCGAGUAAGGAAGCACGUCGCUAUUGUAGACUUAAGAUUUUACCUCCUCUGGUGGCAGCAGAUGUUGCUCGUCGUCCAGAUGAAGGCGAUUCCCUCAGAAACAAGAUUGUUCGGGUCAUGAUGAGCCCUGCGUUCUCGAAGGAUCUUGCGUCCGAGUUCAUGUUUGUGCUGUGCAAGAGAUCAGUGAGUCGUCUAAUCAAAUACACUGGACUCGGCCACUCUGCUGGUCUCUUAGCUAACUGCGGCCUUCUCGGUCAAAUAAAUCUUCCUAAGAGCGCUUCAGAUAGCGAAGACUCGGAAACGGAGGACUACAAAGCUGUUGAAGACAGGCUAGUUUUAAUAAAUCCUGUGACGGGUUACUUGCGACCGGAGAAUACUGGUGUCUCUCCUUUCGAAGGCAUGACCGAAGAGCAAAAGGAAUACGAAGCGAUGAAGCUUGUCGACGCCAUGAACAAGCUUAUGAAUACCGGUGUUGUGAAACCCGGUACUAUUGGCGAAGAUGGCCGCCCAAAGGCAGUGGGCCAUGUGCUGGAACUUUUAAAGGACGUUCCAGAUGAGCAGCAGGCAUCCGACAGCGAUUAG